AUGAUCAAAGAGUUUCGACUAAUGAUAAAUGGAGUUGAAGUGGAUCGGAAUAACAAUGUUGGUAUAACUAGUUUAAUGAAAGGAUAUUUAUCAAUUAGCCCAAAUCAAUUGAGUACUUUGGAAAAUGCUGGCUGGUUGAUGGAUAAUGAGGUUAAGUUUACCGACAAUGCAGGAAACUUUGACUUUAUCAUUCCACUUAAUAUUCUAAGUGGUUUUGCUGAAGAUUAUCUUAAAGUUUUGAUGAAUGUUCAACUUGAGAUAAUUCUAACAAUAUCAAACAGUGAUAUAAAUUCUUACAUACAAACUGCUGCUGCUGCUGCUGCUGCUGCUGCUGCUGCUGCUGAAGAAGUAAAAAUCACACUCCAAAAAAUUGAAUGGAUUGUACCAUACAUAACUCCAGCAGAUAAGGAAAAAAUUCAAACUCUGAAUUACAUCGCCAGUGAUCCCGCUAUACCAAUAAGUUUUCGGACUUGGGAAUUGUAUGAGUAUCCUCUGUUACCUGCAACUUCAAAACAUAUUUGGGCAGUCAAAACCUCAACUCAGCUUGAAAAGCCACGUUACGUUGUUCUUGGAUUCCAAACAGCAAGGAAAAAUGAUGCUCGGAAAGAUGCUAGCAAAUUUGAUCACUGCAAUUUACGAAACAUCAAAUUAUUUUUAAAUUCACAAAGUUAUCCCUAUGGUGACUUGAAUUUAGAUAUACCUCACAACCAGUAUGCUUUAUUAUACCAUAUGUACACAGACUUUCAAACAUCAUACUAUAACAAAGAAGCCGAACCGCUCCUAUCGAAAAAGAAAUUUUUAGAUCAAGCACCACUGUGUGUAAUUGAUUGCUCCAAGCAGAACGAAGCUAUAAAAUCUGGACCUGUAGACAUUCGAUUGGAAUUUGAAUCAGUUGAUCAAUUUGCAGCCAACACAACAGCAUACUGUUUAAUUAUUCACGAUCGUAUCAUCGAAUACAAUCCUAUAAGCAGCACUGUUCGUAAGUUAGUGUAA